AUGGCGGGCACAAGGAAUUACGAUUUCCUGAUCAAAUUGCUGCUGAUUGGUGAUUCUGGAGUUGGAAAAUCUUGCUGUCUUCUGCGAUUCAGCGAAGAUUCUUUCACUCCAUCUUUUAUCACCACCAUUGGCAUCGACUUCAAAAUUCGGACAAUUGAGUUGGACGGUAAGAGGGUAAAACUCCAGAUAUGGGAUACAGCUGGUCAGGAGCGCUUCAGAACGAUCACAACGGCAUAUUACAGAGGAGCGAUGGGUAUACUUCUUGUUUAUGAUGUCACUGAUGAACGCUCAUUUCACAACAUUCGAACUUGGUUCUCUAAUGUUGAGCAACAUGCAAGUGAAGGCGUGCACAAAAUACUCAUUGGAAACAAAUGUGACUGGGAGGAGAAACGAGCCGUCUCAACUGAACAGGGUCAGCGACUUGCUGAUGAGCUCGGCAUCCCAUUCCUCGAAGUUUCCGCUAAAAACAACAUCAACAUCGAAAAUGCGUUCUUCAGCCUUGCCUCUGACAUCAAGAAGGGCAUGGACAUGUCCAAGUCAGAGCAAGCCGGAUCGCAGGGUGUCAAUAUAGACCAACAAGGUUCCGGUUUGAGUGGCAGUACUGGGGGGAAAUGUUGUUAG